UCGCGCUGUCCCUGCGUCAGAUGCUGCGCAUGCGCCCUCCCUAUAAAAGCACCUGCUUGGAGCUCAUCGGUGCGCGCACACCUCGCUCGAUCUCACGCGGUGUCUCACGCUCUCCCGGACGCCACUUUCAGGGCUCAGCAGACAGUGUUGCAGCAGACAUGAGUUACUCCAGUGAGAUGUACAGCAGCAGCUCCUACCGGAAGAUUUUCGGCGAUGCCCCGCGGGCCGGCCGCGCGGUCGCGGGCAGCAGUAGCCCGUCCCGCGUGCACUCUUCGGGGUACCGCAGCCGCGUCUACGGAUCCCCCUCGGUCAUCUCCUCUACCACCUACCGCAGGAGCGCCGCACCCGGGCGCGUCUUCUCCUCCAUGCAGGAUUCCCUGAUGGACCUGAGCCAGUCGACGGCGGUCACCAACGAGCUGAAGAUCAUCCGAACCAACGAGAAGGAACAGCUGCAGGGGCUCAACGACCGCUUCGUGUCCUUCAUCGAGAAAGUGCACAACUUGGAGCAGCAGAACAAAGUUCUUGAGGCGGAAGUGACUUUGCUGCGGCAGCGCAACAGCGAGCCGUCGCGCCUCCACGAGCUCUACGAGCAGGAGAUUCGGGAGCUCCGCGCGCGCGUCGAGGAGCUGACCCACGAGAAGAACCAGAUGCAACUGGACUGCGUGCAGAUGAACGAGGCUGUGGAACGCCUGCGGGAGAAGCUCGACGAGGAGACCAGGCUGCGAGAAGAGGCCGAGAACACCCUGAAGGGCUACCGCAAGGACGUGGACGACGCCACCCUGGCGCGCCUGGAGCUCGAGAAGAAAGUAGAGUCGCUGCUGGAUGAGAUCGCCUUCCUCAGGAAGAUUCACGAGGAGGAGCUGCAGGAGAUGCAGUCGUCCUUGCAGGCCACGCAGGUGUCAGUGGAGAUGGACAUGAGCAAACCAGACCUGGCUGCAGCCCUGAAGGACAUCAGGGCCCAGUAUGAGAACCUGUCAUGCAGGAACCAGGCCCAGGCAGAGGAAUGGUACCGUUCCAAGUUCGCGACGGUGACCGAGGCCGCCGCUCGCAACCAGGAUGCCAUCAAGCACUCAAAGGAGGAGCUGACCGAGUACCGCAGGCAGGUGCAAGCCCGCACCCUGGAGAUUGAGGCCCUCAGGGGUCACAACGAGGCCCUGGAGCGUCAGAUUGCUGAGAUGGAGGAUCGCCAUAACCAUGAAAUUGGAGACAUGCAGGAUACCAUUCAGCAGCUGGAGGCUGCCCUGCGUAGCACCAAAGGUGAAAUGUCCCGUCACCUGCGGGAAUACCAGGACCUGCUCAACGUCAAAAUGGCGCUUGACAUUGAAAUAGCCGCUUACAGGAAACUGCUGGAAGGCGAGGAGUGCCGCCUCAGCUCCGUGGGUGGGGCUGUGGUGCAGUCCGGUUACCCCGGCUUCUCCUAUAUGUCAUCCCGCACGUACUCCCUGGGAGCCUACAGGAAGUCCAAGCCAGAGGAAGAGGAAGGAGGAGAAGAGGACAAGGAGGAGGAGGAGGAGGAGGAGGAGGAAGAGGAAGGAGAGGAUGAAGAUGAGGGAGAUGACCAGGAGGGAGGUGAAGGUGAGGAGGAGGAAGAGGAAGAAGAGGAGAAGCCAAAAGGCAAGGAUGAGAAGAAGAAGGAGACCCCCACUGAGAAGACCAGCAAGAACUAAACUGCUUGUGUAGCUUCAUCAUCAUCAUCAUCAUCUUUCAUUGUUCAGGCUUCUGUGAUAGAGCGACACACACACACACACACACACACACACACACACAUAUGGUUCUCUUUUCCUGGUAAAAAAAAAAAAAGUUUAGAUGGUAGAACUCAAAUGUGUAUUGAUUUCAUGAUGGUGUGAAGAAGUUUGAUACAUUUCUCGAUAAAAGCAAACAGAUGUGCCAACCACGACCGAUGAGAGCAAUCAAAGCCUGGAAGUAACAACUGCACAUAGAUUUGACAACAAAUGCACAGAGCAUGCGACAAAAAGCCAGGCCAACUUUUACGGUGCUAUUUGAUUUUUACAGGUAAAAGUUGGCAGUGUAUUUUUUUUCUCCUUCCAUCGCACUACCAGCUCAAUGCUUAGUAUCAGCUUGUCAUACUGGGCUGUAAAGCAGAACGAAUGGCAUCCGUUUCAGUGCAAUCUUGUGCGUCCCACAGUGGCGGAACGGUCUUUAUCCCUGUUAUCAGCGUCCUGUCCCUGUCCUCUUCUCAUUCUACCAGGAAAAAAAAAACACCAUCAAGCAUCCGUAUCCCUUCUUCGCCUUUCCGUUUUUGCUUUGUAAUUUCAAAACGCAGCAAUAAUUGCACCUCGUUCAGUAUAUGUACAUACGAGAGCGUUUGGACAGUUUUUAUUUGAUUGAAUGAAGAAAUUGGUAAAUCUGCAGUACAGUAGUACUGAACUAUCUCACUUCAUAUUCCAAAGUGAAAUCGACUGCAACCGCAUAUAAUUUGUCAUUACCUGUCAAGUCCUCUUUUUGUUUCAUUUAUCUGCCUUCUUUGUCCCCCCCUCCCCCCUUUUUUUGUGAGAACCUACCGUGUUAUUGCAUCUUUGUCAAACAAACAUGGCUGUAUUUUUUUGUUGACUGUAGCAUUGUGAGCGGGGCUGAGUGGCAGCCAGCUGACAGUGACACUGACAGCCCUCUUCUCGGACUGCAAAUGGCAGGUUGCUUACGGUUCUUUGGUCCGUACAAGGGCUCCCUUCACCCCAACCCCUUGUUGUUAUACAUUUUUUGGAGGGUGGGUUACUUUUCCCUGAAGUGUUCGUCACGCCACCAUUCAUGGUGUCCCACACCUGUGCCCUUUCUCCCCUUUGACAAAUGAAUGAAACAAUAGGCACAAAUGCAUGGCCAGACUCUCAGAGCUUGACUACCGUACCGGUGAUCGCAAAUCUUUGUUUGCUUGCUGUGUGUUCCAUUUAAACUUGCCUUAACCAUAACUGCAACUAUAAAGUACAACACAUACUCACCCGCGUCAUAGCAAAAUUCUGGGUAUCAGAGGAGUAUGGAAUCUUUCCCAGUUGAUCUGCAUAAUACAUAACUGUGAUUGUACACGCUGCUAGCUGAUGCGAUAAUAAUUCUCUCAAAGCCAAAUAAAACAAUUUUAU